AUACGGAAAUUUACGGAGGUUAUUUAGGCAUAGUGAUUUGCGCAUGCGUAGCGCUCUUCGUCCUUCGCAUUUUCACAAAACAUCCGAAACAUGGCCACAAAAAUGUUAAAAGUGGCAAACUCCGCUGCCCGACUGUUGCCAGCGACAAAAAAUGCUCCAAUUACAUCAGCACUUCUCAAUAAAAGAUGGCAAUCAGUCGACUUCAAACAAGCGUUGUUAAAUAAUCCGGAAACUAAAGUAUCAACGCUGAAUAACAAAUUUAGGGUGGCUUCUGAAGACUCUGGUUUACCAACGUGCACAGUUGGCCUGUGGAUAAAUGCAGGAAGUAGAUACGAGUCAGAUGAAAAGAAUGGAGUUGCUCAUUUCCUGGAACAUAUGAUCUUUAAGGGUACAUCCAAAAGAUCACAAACUGACCUUGAAGUUGAGGUAGAGAAUAUGGGAGCCCAUCUAAACGCUUACACAUCUAGAGAACAAACUGUCUACUAUGCCAAAUGUUUCACAAAAGAUCUAGAAAAAGCUGUUGAAAUUCUAGCUGAUAUUACACAGAACAGCACUUUAGGUAAAAAUGAAAUUGAAAGAGAACGAGGGGUCAUCCUCAGAGAAAUGCAGGAAGUAGAAUCUAACCUACAGGAAGUUGUAUUUGAUUAUCUGCAUUCAUCAGCCUACCAGGGCACACAACUAGGCAACACCAUUCUUGGACCUACAAAAAAUAUUAGGUCAUUACAGAGAGAAGAUUUGGUGGAGUAUAUAGAUGAUCACUACACUGGCGGCAGAAUGGUGCUUGCUUGUGCUGGAGGUGUUGAUCAUCAGAAACUGACAGACUUAGCGGAGAAAUAUUUCGGUAAAGUACCUGCUGGAAGUGAUGCUUCUUUAUUACUAGAAAAGUACCCUGCCCGCUUCACCGGAAGUGAUUUACGUGAUCGUGAAGAUAACAUGCCACUAGCCCAUGUAGCUAUGGCAGUAGAGGGUUCUAACUGGGUCAAUGGAGAAAACAUUGGUCUCUUGGUGGCAAGCACAGCUAUUGGCAGCUGGGACAGAUCUUUUGGUGGCCCUUCUAAUCUAAUGAAUCAGCUAGCACACAGAUGUUCUAUAUCAAAUAUGUGUCACAGUUACCAGGCAUUCAACACAUGUUACACAGAUACAGGUCUUUGGGGAGUAUAUUUUGUAUGUGAAAGAAUGGAUGUGGAAGAAAUGGUAUGGAAUGUACAGGAAGAAUGGAUGAGGGUGUGUGCUAACAUAACAGAUUUUGAGGUAGAGAGAGCUAAGAGACUGUUGAAGACAAAUCUAUUGUUACAGUUAGAUGGAACUACAGCUAUCUGUGAGGAUAUUGGAAGACAAAUGUUAUGUUAUGAUAGGAGAGUCCCAUUAGAUGAAAUGUGUAGCAGAAUUCAAUCCCUUACUGGUGAUGAUGUGAGACAGAUUUGUUACAAAUAUAUCUAUGAUAAAUGUCCAGUAGUUGCAGCUAUAGGACCAAUUGGUGGAUUGAUGGAUUACAACAGGUUACGAGCAUCUAUGUACUGGUUAAGAAAAUAAACAAUUAUUUAUUACAAUUAAGACUGUUACUGUAGGUGUAAAACCUAUGACUUUAUAUACAUGAUCACACCAUGCCAGAUAUGAUGACAGCCUAGGAAAUGUUACGCUCUUAUAUCAAGAUUGGACACCACAAAUUGGAAUUAUUUAAUUGUGAUAGAUUGAGUAUUUUUUAUGUGUAUUUGUUUUUCGUUUUUGCGUUGGCAUGGUAGAUUUUUAAAUAUUAAAAAUUGCCAGAAAACUGAAA